AUGGCUCAAGUUUUCGCAGGAAUCCCUCUGAAGAACCGUGAAGGCGUCGAUCUUGAUGCCGAAAAGCAUUUGAAAGGAAAAGUGAGUUGGUGAGGUGGUCCAUGAACUUGCAUUUGAUCAGUUAGUUCAGAUCGUCGGACUGUACUUCUCCGCCAGUUGGUGCCCUCCGUGCCGUGCAUUCACUCCGAUACUCAAAGAGUUCUUCGAGCACAUUCAAAAGACGCAUCCGGAAUUCGAAGUUGUGUUUGUGUCCCGUGAUCGGAACUCGGCAGAUCUAGUCCAAUACUUCACUGAUCACAUGGGAAACUGGACGUACAUUCCAUUUGGAAAUGAUAAGAUUAUGUACGUUUGGAUAUUGUUGCAAUUUCUAACUUCGUCCCGUGUUCAGUGAACUCCUCCAGAAGUACGAAGUCAAGACAAUUCCGACAAUGAGAAUUGUGAAGGAGAACGGAGACGUUCUGAUUCAAGACGCUCGAACCGAGAUCCAGAACAAGGGAUCCGAUCCGGAAGCACUGUGGCAAGAGUGGUCUCUUUUGUUUGAAUGA